AUUAUUCAAGAGUCAUCAAAUUGCUGAUUACCCAGAAUGCACUGAGAGAGGGCAGGAGGAUCCUGAGGCCCUGUACAUAGUUGAGAAGAUGCUGGAGACCUGUGGCAUUGAGGGGUCUCUGAAGAUCACACUCCAUAUCCUGAGGAACAUGAAGAAGAAGGAUGUCACUGACCCACUGGAGAGAGAUGAGCAGCACAAUGAAUUCAAUGAAAGAGCCCAGCAGGCACUGAAAACUCAUCUGAAGAAGAGGUUUGAAUGCAUAUUUGAAGGUUUAGCAAAGCAGGGCCACCAAACCCUCCUCAAUGAGAUCUAUACAGAGCUCUACAUCACAGAGGGGGGAAGUAGGGGGGUCAAUGAUGAACAUGAGAUCAGACAGAUUGAGAUAGCAUCGAAGAGACAAACCACACAUGAGACUGCAAUCAUCUGCAAUGACAUCUUUAAGCCUUCACCUGGACAAGAGAAACCAAUCAGAACUGUGCUUACAAAGGGCAUCGCUGGCAUUGGGAAAACAGUCUCUGUGCAGAAGUUCAUUCUGGACUGGGCAGAUGGAAAAGCCAAUCAGGACAUUGAUUUCAUCUUCACUCUUCCUUUCCGAGAUCUGAAUCUGAAAAAGGAGAGAGAAUUUAGUCUCAUGGAACUUCUGCAGCAAUACUAUCCACAACUGAAAGAGAUCAAAAGUUUUGAAGAUGAUGAAGUCAAAGUUGUGUUCAUCUUUGAUGGUCUGGAUGAGUGUCGACUUCCUCUAGAUUUCCAAAGCAAUGAGAUUUGCUGUGAUAUAACAGAGUCAUCAUCAUUGGAUGUGCUGCUGACCAACCUCAUUAAGGGGAAUCUGCUUCCCUCUGCCCUCCUCUGGAUCACCUCCCGACCAGCAGCAGCCAAUCAGAUCCCUCCUGAGUGCGUCCACCAGGUGACAGAGGUACGAGGAUUCAAUGACCCACAGAAGGAGGAGUACUUCAGGAAGAGAAUCAGAGAUCGGAACAAGGCCAGCAAAAUUAUCUCACACAUAAAGUCAUCCAGGAGUCUCUACAUCAUGUGUCACAUACCAGUCUUCUGCUGGAUUUCUGCUACUGUUCUGGAGACAAUGUUGGAUAAAGUGAGUGGAGACCUGCCCAAAACUCUGACUGAAAUGUACACACACUUCCUGCUCAUUCAGACUAAUGUGAAGAAUGAGAAGUAUCAUGGCAACAAUGAGACAACCCCAAAGAAAAUGUCAGCAUCAAAUACAGAAAUCAUCCUGAAACUGGGGCAGCUGGCUUUACUACAGCUGUUAAAGGGCAAUCUGAUAUUCUAUGAAGAUGAGCUGAGAGAGAUGGGCAUUGAUGUCAGUGAAGCUUCAGUGUACUCUGGGGUGUGCACAGAGAUCUUUAAAGAGGAGUGUGGGUUGGGUGAGGAGAAGGUCUACUGCUUUGUGCAUCUGAGCAUUCAGGAGUAUCUGGCUGCCUUGUUUGUGUUUCAUUCAUGUGUGAAUGAGAACAGGAAUGUACUCAGAGCAGAAGAAUCAAAACCUUGCAGUGACAGAGUGCAGCUGUCUGAGUUACACAGGACUGCAGUGGAUCAGGCCUUAGAGAGUAAGAAUGGACACCUGGACCUUUUCCUCAGAUUCCUUCUAGGCCUCUCUCUGAACUCCAUUCAGACUCUAUUAGGAGGAAUACUGACACAGACAGAAAGAAGCAGAUCAGAGAGCAUUAAGAAAACAGUAUUGUACAUAAAGGAGAGGAUCAAAGAGGAAUCUUCAGCAGAGAGGACCAUAAAUCUGUUCCACUGUCUCAAUGAACUGAAUGACAACUCUUUAGUGGAGGAAAUCAAGAAUUUCCAGAGAUCAAGAAAACUCUCUAAUGAAAAGCUGGAACCACACCAAUGUUCAGCCCUGGCCUUUAUGUUACUGAUGUCAGAGGAGAUCCAUGAUGAGUUUGACUUGAAGAUCUACAAAACAUCAGCAGCAGGUUAUCAGAGAGUGCUACCAGUAGUCGGGAACUGCAGGAAGGCCAUACUGAACGGCUGUGACCUCACAGAGAUGUCCUGUGAAAUUGUGGCCUCUGCUCUUCAGUCAUCAAACUCAACCCUGAGAGAUCUGGACCUCAGCUACAAUAACCUGGGAGAUUCAGGAGUGAAGCUGCUCUGUGCUGCACUGAUGAGUCCAAACUGUAAACUACAGAGACUGGGGCUGUCAGGCUGUAGAGUCACACAGAGAGGCUGUGAUUCUCUGGCUUCAGCUCUGUGUUCAAACCCCUCACACCUGAGAGAGCUGGACCUGAGAUACAAUCACCCGGGAGACUCAGGAGUGAGAGCGCUGUCUGCUGCUAAACUGGACACACUCACACUGCUUGUGGACCAUGGAGGAGAGAACAGGACCAAACCAGGACCCAGGAAAUACGGCUGUCAGCUCACACUGGAUCCAAACACAGCGCACAGAGAGCUGUCUCUGUCUGAGGGGAACAGGAGGGUGACACACACACCGGGGAGAGAGGAGCCAUAUCCUGAUCAUCCAGAGAGAUUUGAGCGCUGGUGCCAGGUUGUGUGCAGAGAGAGUGUGUGUGAGCGCUGUUACUGGGAGGCUGAGUUCAGUGUGUCUGAGGGGUGGGGAGGGGUUGAUAUAGCAGUGACAGAUAAAGGAAUCAGCAGGAAAGGAGAGGAUUAUGACUGUAUGUUUGGAUACAAUAAAAACUCCUGGAGUCUGGGCUGCUGUAAUUACGGUCCCUCUGAUAAACUCAGAUACUCUGUCUGGCACAAUAAUAACCAAACAGACAUACCUGCCCCCCCCUCCCCCUACCGCAGAGCAGGAGUGUGUGAUGAUGAUGAUGAUGAUGGUAGAGGAGUGUGUGUGUACAGGGUAGGAGUGUGUGUGGACCGUCCGGCCGGCACUCUGUCCUUCUACAGCGUCUCUGACUCUGACACACUGACCCUCCUGCACAGAUUCCACACACACUUCACUCAACACAAACCCCUCUGUGCUGGAUUUAGAAUGUGGAACUCCUCAGUGUCCCUCUGCCAACUGGAGUAG